AUGGGCAAGAAUUCUUGGUGUGUAAGGAAAGUAAGUCAAUAUCCACAAGUCACGCCAACAGUUUCAUUUCAUUUUCCUCGACUCUCCGACCCCGACCCCAACCCCAACUCCAAAUCCUCUCUUCGAUCUUGGACCUCAAUGAUCUUGUGGACUUGCUGGUUGAAUGUGCCUCUCAUAUAUGAGGUAGUUUCUAAACUACAAUACAUUGACCUUUGGGGGAGUAAAAUAUCUGACCAAGGUAAUUGCUGGAUUAGCAGCUGA